AUGGAUUCCGACGCCGAACAACGAGUCGCGCGACUCCACGAAUUAUCGUUAGAACAAUUGCGCGAAGAAUUAGAAUGCCGCGGAUUGAAAACGGAAGGAAUAUUACCCGUCUUGCGUGCGCGGCUGACCAAAGCCGUUCGCUGCGAGCAAUUAGGGUGGAGGCCGCCGCCGACUCCGGAAACGGAAGGCGAGGAUAGCGGGGACGAUCGCGCAUCGGGCGAAUCGAGUACCGGAACGAUCAUCAAGGACGAUCGAGUUCGGACCCCGGGAAUGGAUUUCGCGGAGCAUCUCUUGCAGCCUCCGUUACUACAGCUGCCGAGACGCGAACCGGAAAUUCGUGCGCCCGCGCGUCGUACCGAUUCCGCGACCGACGUAUAUCAGAUGAUGCGUCGGUGGAACCUUAAAUUCUCCGGCGCUCGAGGUUGCGACGCGGAAGCCUUCCUAUUGCGUAUCGAGGAGGGUCGCGCCCUAUUCACGGCCACCGAUGCCGACGUAUUCAAGUGUAUCCCUUUCUUUUUGAACGGCACGGCUUUAUAUUGGUAUCGGAACGAGCGCGGACGGUGGCGGACUUGGAAGGAAUUUGAAACGUCGUGGCGUGCGCGGUUCGGUAGUCCGGACUUUCAGUUCGCGUUACGCGAAGACAUACAGAGACGCACGCAGGGGGAAUACGAGUCGAUUGCCGAUUUUCUUACUUGUAUUCGCGCGAUGUUUGAGAGACUGAGUCCGCCGUGGAGUCUGGAAGAACAGCUUAAUCAGGCUCACCGGAAUAUGUUGCCGCGGUUGCAAAUCGUAGUUCAGCGCCGCGACUUUUACGAUUUUGCUUCACUGGAGAGUCAGGCUACGCGAGUGGAGCAGGGGUACGAAGCCGCUAGUCGAUAUCGUGCGCCUCCGCCGCCGGAACAGAUGAUAUUCCCGGAUCUCGCGUAUCGGGCACCGCCGAAGAGUUCUAAGAAAACUCCCGCGGUCGCGGCUAUCGGAUUGACGGAUAACCUCCCAGGAAAGAAGCGUGCCGAGAGACGCGCGCGAAAAGAGGCCGCUCGCGCGACGAAGGCGCAAUCUAAUUCCGCACGACAGAAUAGUGAGGCUGCCGCCUCCACGAGUAACGUCGCGUCCUCGAGUCACGCGAAUUCUGCGAAAUCAUCCGGCAAAUGCUGGAACUGCGACAAGGCCGGCCAUAUCGCACGCGAAUGCGCUGAGCCGCGCCGCCGGGAAUCACUAGGGCGGGCCCCGGUGAUCCCGGAAUACUUAGAAAAGGCCCGCGCGGAAGCCACGAGCGAGGCCUCUAGCUUGUCGUCCAGCUCACUCGGCGACGACGCUCGAACGCUGUCGCAGCUCCCGUACUGCGAGAUCUCGCUGGGGGGCGAAACCUUACGCGCUCUGAUCGACUCGGGGUCAAAUAGAACCAUCCUCGGAGCCGCGGGCAUAAAAAUUAUUCGCCGGUUGAGAUCGCCGAUUAACCGCGAUCAUCGUACGCAGAUUCGAACCGCGAACGGACAGCUAGCGGAGGUACGCGAAGAAGCAGAGAUUACGCUUCAAGUAGCAGGUCGAAGCCGCGACGUCUCCACGUGUUUGUUGCCGAGCCUAGCCGUCCCGUGUAUAUUAGGAGUCGAUUUUUUGCGCGCGUUUAAGGUAAUAGUAGACUUUGCUGCCGCGGAAUGGUAUUUCGCCGACGAAUCAACGUGCAGGUACCCCUUUCUAAAUAAUAAGGGAUCUGCGCAAACGUGCUGUGGACUCUCGGAACUGACCCCGUCGGAAACCGAAAGAUUAGGUAGAUUUCUUAAAGAGCGGUUGCCGGACCCUGUUGAGAAUCCCGGUGUCACUUCGCUUACCGAGCAUACGAUAGAUGUCGGACAAAAUAAGCCGAUCCGGCAGCGCUGCUACCUCGUAUCUCCGAAGGUACAGGAAGCAAUUCACGCCGAGGUAGAUAAAAUGCUGCGCGCCGGGAUAAUCGAACCCUCGCAUAGCGAAUGGUCAAAUCCGAUCGUGAUGAUCAAAAAGCCCAACGGAAAGUAUCGCUUUUGUUUGGAUUUCCGGAAGGUAAACGACGUGUCGAAAAAGGACGCCUACCCGCUGCCGAAUAUGAACGGCAUACUGGACAAACUGCGUUCGGCGCGUUACAUCUCGACGAUCGACCUGAGCCAAGCUUACUUUCAAGUGCCCCUCGCGAAUGAAAGCCGCGAAAUUACCGCCUUUAGCGUUCCGGGGAAAGGCCUGUAUCAGUUUACGCGGAUGCCGUACGGCUUGACGGGAGCGCCCGCGACAUUUCAACGGUUACUUGAUCGACUGAUAGGACCGGAGAUGGAACCGCAUGCUUUUGCGUAUUUAGAUGAUAUUGUGAUCGUGACGCCAACUUUCAAAGAGCAUUUAGAAUGGCUGGAUCGCGUGUUGCAAAAGAUCCUCGCUGCCGGAUUAACGAUCAAUCCCGAGAAGUGCGAAUUUUGCCGCGCACAAGUUAAAUAUCUCGGUUUCAUUGUGAGCAAGGAGGGAUUAUCAGUAGAUCCGGAGAAGGCACAGCCGAUUCUCGAGUACCCGGCCCCUACGAAUUUAAAACAACUCCGACGAUUUCUGGGUAUGUCGUCCUGGUAUCGGAGGUUUAUUCCUCAAUUCGCGACGCGGAGCGAACCGCUAACGCGCCUGUUAAAGAAAGAUCAGCCGUGGAAAUGGACCAACGAACAGGUCCACGCGUUUGAGGAAAUUCGAUCGUAUCUCGUUGCCGCGCCCACGUUGUCGCGACCCGAUUUCAGCAUUCCGUUCGUCCUUCAGACGGACGCUAGCUCGGUCGGAAUAGGUGCCGUGCUUACGCAAACUAUUAACGAGGAAGAACACGUAAUCGCUUUCGCGAGUAGAGCCUUAGCCGAUCCGGAAAAGAGAUACACCGUGACGGAGCAGGAAUGCUUAGCCGUUAUCUGGGCUAUAAAGAAGUUUAGACCGUACUUAGAGGGCUAUAAAUUCACGGUGAUUACCGAUCAUAGCAGUCUGCGAUGGCUUCACAACUUAAAGAACCCAACAGGUCGACUCGCGAGAUGGGCGUUAGAGCUUUUGGAGUACGAUUACGAGAUCAUACACAGGAAAGGCGCGCUACAUCACGUGCCUGAUGCGUUGUCGCGAAUGUUCGAGGGUGACACCGAGAUUCCCAUUGUCGCCGCUGUAGAUGUCGAAGAAAACGCGAACACGAACGAUGCCUGGUAUAAGAAGCGUCUUACGGAAGUCGCCACGAAAGCGCGUCCGUUUACCGAUUGGAGAAUAGUGGACGGACAACUAUAUUUCUGUCGACCGAAGCCGGUCGUGUCGGAGAUCGUCGAGGAUCUGGAUAGGUGGAAACUCGUGUUGCCUAGAGAGUUGCGGAGAGACGCGUUGAGAGAGGCACACGACGAACCGCGAUCCGGGCACCUCGGGGUUGAGAAAACCUACCACCGAUUAGCCGUUCGUUAUUACUGGCCGAACAUGUUUAGAGAUAUCACGGACUAUGUGAAACGGUGCGAGGUUUGUCAACGAACUAAGGUAGAACAGGCCAGUCCUGCGGGUUUAAUGGGCCACCGCGUUGUCGACGCUCCCUGGACCGUAGUAGCUGCCGACGUAAUGGGACCGUUCCCUCGAAGUAAGUCCGGUUUCACAUACGCCCUCGUUAUCCAGGAUUUAUUUACAAAAUGGAUCGAGUGUUUCGCGCUAAGGGCAGCUAACGGUAAGAAAAUCGUCGAGGCGUUAGACGAAGUCGUGUCGCGAUGGGGUACGCCGAAGUUUCUGUUGACCGACAACGGGACAGAAUUCGUCAACCAUACCCUAGUAUCUUUCGCAAAGGAUUACGGAAUCACAAUUACUAACACUCCCCCGUAUCAUCCCCAAGCGAAUCCGACGGAACGCGUGAAUCGUAUCGUGAAGACGAUGAUAGUCGCGUUUAUCGAGCAGGAUCACCGAGAGUGGGAUGAGCACUUGGGAAAGUUUCGUUUUGCGUACAAUACCGCUCAUCACUCCUCGAUUGGUACCUCGCCCGCGUUUUUGAACCUCGGACGAGAAUUAUGGCCUCCGAAAACUAUACGCGCAAGAUAUAAUGAAGUUGUCGACAUACAACGUAGAGACCCAGCUGAGUGGUCAGAUCGUAUGAAGGCUAUUGCGCCUUUGCGCGACUGGGUUUCCGAGAAUCUCGAACAAGCCUAUCAAAAGCAGUCACAGUAUUACAAUCUGAGACACCGCGAUGUCGCGUACAAAAUCGACGAUAUGGUACUCAAAAGACAGCACGUACUGUCAGCCGCGUCGAAAAAUUUUGCCGCCAAGUUAGUGCCAAAGUUUCAUGGACCGUUUCGAGUUAGCAAGAUAUUAUCGCCUGUCGUUUAUGAGCUCACCGAUGUAGAGGGUAGAAUCGUUUCAAAGUUGCCGGCAAUAAAAGAACGACGAGAGAUGGAGGGCUUAUUGAGGACUUUCCUCCAGCGCAACGCGGCCCUGCUGGACCAGGCCGAGAGGACAAACCCGGGGAUCUGGGCUGAGAUCGGCGAACUCAUCGCCGAACACCGACGAAGCCGGUAUACCACCAGGGGAGCGGUGGUGCGGGAGUUUCCCGCCACCGUAUCUACCGGCCAACAGACCGAACCACCGUGGUCCCGGUACCACGCCUUUUACGCGGCGUUCGGUGUUGAUUACGAGACGCGGUAUCAGGCAUCGCAAACCGAGGCGGUUGAGAUGCGAGACCUCGGCACCCAAGUCGCACCGAUCCUGGCAACGAAGGCCACCCAGACGAGCCCGCCGAACAACGAUAUUCCGAUCGUUCGUCCCGAUCGCAGUCUUAGUAUUUAUUUUGUCGAAAACAAAUUAGACCAAAAUAAUUUUAAAUUUUCAGGAGGAUCGACUAAUAAUGCAUCGCCGAGAAACGACGCGGCCCUGCCAAGAAUAGACGCGGCCCCGCCAAGAAUAGACGCGACCCCGCCAAGAAUAGACACGGCCCCGCCAAGAAUAGACGCGGCCCCGCCGAGGAACAACGCAGCCCCGCCGAGGAUUGACGCAGCCCCGCCGAGGAACGACGCAGCCCACGCAGCCCCGCCGAGGAUUGACGCAGCCCCACCGAGGAACGACGCGGUGAAUAGACUAAUGCAAAAGAAAGUAAACGAAGCGGUUCGGCGGGCAGUAAAUAGAGAAAGAAGAAAACGUAACACGCGCGCGCGACCAGCAUACAUGUAUGCAAUGGCUCCACCAUAUCCUCCGACAGCAUUACCUACACCGACGUACGCGGUGUAUGCUCCACCAGCACACGCUCCACCAGUAUACGCUCCACCAGCGUACGCCCCACCAGCGUACGCUCCACCAGCGUACGCUACACCAGGGUACGCUCCACCAGCGUACGCUACACCAGGGUACGCUACACCAGGGUACGCGCCACCAACAACAUAUCCGGCAGCAACCACAUACCCGGCACCAGCAGCGUACGCGGCACUGGCACCGGUGUAUCCACCGCCGGGGCGUUUUUAGAAUAUAUAAAUCACUCUCUUGAACUUUUUGGCGACAAUAAUUUUUUAAAUUCUGAAUCUUUAUUAUGAUUUUAUUAUAC